AUGGCGGAUGGGGAAACGCUCCAUGACUUUCAAUGUGUGCCGAUGCUUUUUCCAAGGGACGCUGCCGCCCUUAUUCCUGCGAGACGCAGGCCUCGCCGAGACGCCGACAACAGUUCCCGCGCACCUCCUGCCCUGCAACUUCACCCUGCAACUGUGAGGACCCUAUUCAACUCCCUGCAGCCAGCGACGAGGCGUGCUUACAUGGCUAAGUGGGUGGAGUACGCCGCCUACGUCUUGGCAGGGCGGCGAGGAGAAUGCCCCUUUGAUGCUACACCGUCGACCCUGGUGAACUUCCUGCAAUCUCUGCUCUCGCGGGGCCUGGCUUUCUGUUCUCUGCACGCCUAUCUAGCGGCCAUCGCCUUCGUCUGCAAGCUACACGGUAGGAGGGACCCAACACGACAGUUCCUGGUCCCUCAACUCCUCAAAGGGGCACGUAACUCCGCACAGCGGGCCCCUGCGCGGCGUCUCCCUGUGACGAGGAGCCUCCUGCAUCGCCUGCUGCGAGCACUGGAAGGCGUACGUAACUCUACCUAUGAGAAGUCUUGCUACAGGGCGCUCUUUUCCCUGGCUUUCCACGCCUGCCUACGCCCGGGUGCGGCAGUCUACGUGGAGCGUGGAUGA